AUGCUGAUUUGCACAAAACUUGAGAAACUGUUUGCACCAGUUAUUUCAAAUGUGGAUCAGUACUGUGAUUUAGGAUCCAGUCAACAAUGUGAGCAUGCCAAUCGAGAAGUAAGUUUACGUGCUCCAAAGUCCUUGCACUAUGGAAACUCUGAGUCUUUGGAUUUCCGAGUGAUGGCCACAUCAGCUUUUAUCAACGAGGGUCGAAAGUAUAUUUCCCAGUCCAUUCCAAGAAAACUCUUAGUAGUUCAGUUUAUUACAGCACAUGCAGAAGCUGGAGUAUCACCAGGAAGAUACACAGAAGCCUAUGCGGAGAUGCAGCUGAAGCACCGACACUACAUACAGGAGAAAGCAAAGCUGCCAUCCCAGAAAAGGAGGAGACUUAUGCUAAAGCAGGAGAGGGCAGUGACAAAAGGGGCUAUGGAAGCUUUGGAGGGAGUUUCUUACCAAUCUGGUGUUGGACAUGAGGAUAAUGUUGAUAUUGAACAAAUUCCUAGUCCUGUAUCCAAGGGAUAUUUUAAACCUAUUCCCAGGUCUCCUCAAGACAGAAUUGCAUAUGUUACCUUUGAUCUGGAGACAACUGAUCUAAUUCGUGGAGGAAGGAUCCCACAUAUUACACAGAUUGCGGCAUCUGACAUGACCCCCAAAUCACAGAGGGAGUUCAACUGCUAUGUGCUUCCUAAGAUUCCACAGUCACAGGAAGCCCAGAGAAUUAGUGGAAUCACCGUGUCUUCAUCCAAUGUAUUAAUGGUAAAUGGGAAGGAGGUAGAGACUGAAACGAUUGACUCGGCUGUGUCGAAAUUUCUAGAAUGGCUAAAAUUCUACAAGAAAGUCAUCUUGAUUGCUCACAAUGGCAAAAAUUUCGAUUUCCCUGUCUUCAUGACAGCACUUGCAUCUGUGGAUCGUGUAUCAGAGUUAUGUGAUGUCGUGAUAGGCUUUGUUGACAGUCUACCUCUGUUGAAAAAGAUUUUUCCUGGACAAAGUUCAUACAAACAAGAAAAUCUUGUCAGAAACCUACUAGCUGCAACAUAUGAUGCACACAAUGCCCUUGGGGAUGUAAGAUCACUAGGCUGGCUCAUGAAGCAUGAGAAAGUAACAGAUAAAUAUCUCAAAGACUUUUCGUUUUCACCUGAAGCAGUGAAAAAUCAGUUGGCAUUUAACAGAGAUAAAACCAAAAACAUUGGAUCAUUAAAUCCAUUAAUUGCAGCUGGUGUGAUGAAGAUGACAACAGCAGAAAAUGUUGCAGGGUCUGGUUUGUGUCUUGCAAAUCUUCGAAAAAUUCACAUGAGGGAGGGUGAGGAUGGACUUCGAAAUGUUUUUAUUAGCAAAAACAGUCAUGGCCAAGCUCGGGUUACUUCUUGUAGGAAAACAUUGGACACUGUUAUUCCUAAAUUAUCUGAAUUUUUUGACAAGUAA